UCAUACCCAAACUCCGAUCCGCAUGAUCCGCGGAUUUGGGAAUCUAUUUUAUUGCGGUUCUCCAGUUCAAGUCUUACGGGUCAUGCUGCUGGUAUUUCUUUGGAGUCAAAAAAUGAGUUGUGACCCGCAGCGGGCGGGUCUUGCGGGGCGGAUCCGCCCAGGACCACUAACGAUCAGGGUGCUUCACGAUCAAAAGUAUACAUCCUUUUCGUGGGGUACAAAAUGUUCAGAGCAUCUUUACCGCGGGUUCUUAUGGGUUUUUUUGGGUAAUUAGUAACUAAAAAAAAAUAGAUAUUAAAGCAAGAAACGGUUCUUAAUGAGGAGAAACAAGAUAAGUAUUUUGUCGUAAACGCCGACGAUGAGCGAAACCGAAGCAACCGGCGUACCCGAUGAUUCCGCUCCAGCGACUUCACUCUCCGCCGAUGCGACGGAGCAUACACCGAUCGGAGUGAUUGAAUCGGUGGAGGAAGCCGUAGGAGGAGCAGAGAAAUGGGUGGAUGAUCAUUCGUCUCCACGUCGUUUCAAGCUUCCCUCAAAUAGCUCAAGUUUUAUGUUUUCGCUCACUUUCUGCUAAUAAAUAACCUUGGAGACUGAGGUUUCCACUGGAUCAUAUUGUUCCUGGUGACCUUAACCGGACUCAGGACAUGGCUAACCGAACAGACAACUCCAAUCCCUGUAUACAUGGGCUUCCUCUUGAUACUCAACGGUUUACAACGCGAGUGAUUGGUGUUGCUCUGUUUCAUGUUACAUGUUCUUCUUUUGUUGUUUUUGUUAUUGAUUAUGGUGUGUCAUUACUUUCAUUGUGAAGAUAUACCAAAGCUUAUUCUCAUUGAUGUGUUGUUUUAUCAUAAUUUUUUUUGUAAGAACCCUUAAAUAAGAAACUUGCAAUGGAGGACAUAAAAGUUGAAAGUUCUUAACUAAGUCUCUUAACCAAAUUUACUACUUAAAUAAUAUUAAAAAUUAAUUAAGAGAUCCUUGACUAGGGGUCUCUAGGACAAUGAUGCUAUCACGGACUGGUUUGAAAAUACGAAAGAAGCAACGUCAUUUUCCGAUUUAGCACUACUGCAAAUCUGUAACGGACUCAAAACCCUCGAUCAAUCGCCUGUGACAGGACACAUCACUACCGGUUUUAACGAUUUUCGUUUGGUUUUAGUUUUAUCAUUAUCAAGUUAGUUUAUGAUUCCUAUUACUUUUAUGAUAAGGAUUAGCUUCAGCCUUAUCUUUGUUUUAGCUAUACUAUAUAUGUAGUUCUUACGAUAGCCAAGAACAACACAAUUCAAUAAACUAUUUUCCUAUCUUACUUAUCUCUCAAGUUAUCUAGCAAGAGCUUUACUCAAGCUUCGCUUACGAACACGUAACGUCUAAGAAGAUCUUUCUUCCCAACGAUCAUCUUUUAGGUUUGUGUAUCCCCAUUCUUCGAAUCCACAAGUAGGGUUUCUAGUUCGGGAAUCUAUCCUCCUAUUACCGUCUCAGUGGUAUCAGAGCAAUCAAUACCUUAGGACCAAGCUAUGGACACCAGACAAACCACCAUGUUAAACGAGAUGAACAAACAAAUUGAAGAUUUGCGUGCUUCACAAACUCAACAAAGUGAAGAGAUACGCAAAGAACUCGGGGGAGAAAUCUCGGCUCUCAAAGAGACAUUAGAAAAAUAUUUUGCUAACUCCCAACCCUUUAAUCAACGCGAAGGGAAACAACAUGAAGAACAAACAUCAUCUGAUCUUACCGCAGCAGGAACAGAGCACCGACGAGAACCACUAGACCGACUAGCAACAGAACAGAGCGCAACUAAAGAUCAACGAAACCAGAACCAACACCAAAAUAUCCCCAAUAGCUUGUCAACAUGGCUAACAAAAAUUGGAUUCCCAAUGUUUGAUGGUUCUGAACUCCGAGAAUGGAUUUAUCGUUGCGAGCAAUUCUUCUCUAUUGAUAGCACCCCACCAGAACUGAAGGUUCGUCUCGCCUCUCUCCAUAUGACAGGCAAAGCUCUACAAUGGCACCAUGCAUAUAUGGCCAACCGUUAUAACAUGUUUCCAUUAUGGCCGGAAUAUGUUCCUGCAAUAUCAGAGCGCUUCAGUGAGCUUUUCGACGACCCAUUAUCAGAGUUAGUAAGCUUAAAACAAGGAAACGACUCUAUUGACGUUUACCUCGACAAGUUCGAUUGUGCUAGUACAAGAAUCACACUUGCUCUAGGUCAUGCUUUGAGCAUCUUCUUGACAAACAUGAAUCAACAUCUUGCUCUUCACGUCCGCCAAUUCAACGUCACAACCGUACCAGCAGCAGCACGGAUAGCAAAACUCCACGAGUUAUCUCUGUCACACGCUCCAACAAAAACGCAGCGAUCAACAUUCAACUCAUCUCAACGAUCAAACUUCACUCCAAACAAGAACCAAUACAACAUCACACCACCGACUGCAACUACCACCACGGGGAAUCAAAACAAUAAACCACUCAUCCCUAACGCACCGCAGAAACGUGUUUCUUUCGAAGAGAUGCAGGAACGAAAGCGUAAAGGUCUGUGUAUGUAUUGCGAGGAACCCUUCACCCCUGGUCAUCAGCUUAAGCAUCGGCGCUCUGAGUUCUUACUUUUAGAAGGUGAUCCAACAGAGUUUGAUGACGAAAUCGCUUUGGAGGAGCAAAUACGCGAGACAACUAUCGAAGAUCAAGACGAUAAGGUCCCCACUAUUUCCGUACACGCCCUCAACGGCUGCCCGACAUUCAACUGUAUGCGCCUAAUGGGUCAAUACGGGAAGCGGAAACUACAUAUACUAAUCGACCCUGGCAGUACACAUAACUUCCUCGAUUUGCAGAUCGCCAAAGGUCUAGGAUGUUCUUUGACACCAAUCAAACCAAUGUCCGUCGUCGCAGCUAGUGGUGAUUUGAUCACAAAGUAUAAAUGCAGCUCUUUCAUAUGGAAGAUGCAGGGCUACGAAUUCACUACUGAAACAAGAACAUUACCAUUGGGAUGUAGUGAUCUGGUAUUGGGAGUUCAAUGGCUCUCCACUUUGGGCCCUAUUCUCUGGGAUUUUCUGAACUUACGGAUGGAAUUCACUUUCAAAGGACUGAAACAUGUUCUCCGAGGAACAACACCAAACAUCUCUAAGGUCAUCACUGGAAGCAGCCUAAACAAAAUAAUAUUGCAGGAUCCACAACUAGCCCUACUCCACUUAAGAGAAGUCAAUGAUACAAUACUUCCUCAACAACCACUUACACCCGAUGCCAUCUUCUACCACAUAGAAGCCAGCGACCCACAACUUGAUGAGAACGGCUCAUUAAAACAACUACUCGACUCCUAUACGGACGUCUUUGACGAGCCAUCAUCUCUUCCUCCAUACCGAGAAGGUUUCAACCACAAGAUACCACUCGAAACAGGAGCUAACCCCGUCAAUCUACGACCAUACAGAUACUCAUCAUUACAGAAAGACUCAAUUGACACAAUGAUUCGAGAGAUGCUAACUCAAGGAAUCAUUCAAUAUAGUUCCAGCCCGUAUGCAUCCCCUGUGGUUCUUGUAAAGAAGAAAGAUGGUUCAUGGCGACUAUGCGUGGACUACAGAGGUUUAAACAAGCAGACGAUCAAAGACAAAUAUCCUAUACCCCUACUGGAAGACCUCUUAGACGAGUUGGGUGGUGCCAAAUUCUUCUCAAAACUGGAUUUACGCGCAGGUUUCCAUCAGUUACGUAUGUCACCUGAGGACGUGUAUAAAACGGCAUUUAAGACCCACUCUGGUCACUAUGAAUACCUCGUUAUGCCAUUUGGUCUUACCAAUGCUCCAUGCACCUUCCAAGGCUUGAUGAAUCACGUCUUUGAACCAGUUCUUCGAAAGUUCCUACUUGUCUUCUUCGAUGAUAUUUUAAUAUAUAGCAACACAUGGGAGGAUCACCUUUUGCAUCUGGAUAUGGUCUUCGAAAUCUUGCGUCACCAUCAGCUCUACCUUAAACGUUCUAAGUGUACCUUUGGAGCUACAAAGAUCGAAUAUCUCGGUCACUUCAUCUCUGCAACCGGCGUAAGUACCGACCCAGCCAAGAUAAAAGCAGUCGAAGGUUGGCCUAUUCCUCGUAACCAAAAGCAGAUACGCAGCUUCUUAGGACUUGCAAAUUAUUACAAGUGCUUUAUACAAAGCUAUAGUAUAAUCGCACGCCCACUUACUCUGCUACUCCGAAAAGAUGGCUUCUCUUGGUGCCCCGAGGCAAAUACGGCUUUCCAGGCUCUCAAAACAGCCUUAAUGACAGCACCUGUCCUCGCUCUGCCUGACUUCUCUAAGCCAUUUGUGGUCGAAACAGACGCAUCUCAGACCGGUAUAGGUGCAAUGCUUAUGCAAGACAACCAUCCAAUAUGCUACAUCAGCAGAGCACUAGGGCCUCGACACCAGAACCUCUCAGUUUACGAAAAAGAACUUCUUGCAGUGGUCCAUGCAGUCCAAACAUGGAAUGCUUACUUGGCUCAUAACAUGUUUAUCAUUCGAACCGAUCAAAGGAGCCUCAAAUUUUUAUUGGAGCAGAAGAUCACUACACCAUUUCAACACAUGUGGCUAUCAAAAUUGAUGGGUUACACGUUUGAAAUUCACUACAAACAGGGCAAAGAAAACGUCGCAGCAGACGCACUAUCCCGCGUUUCUGGUUCUCAGCUGCUUCAACUUACGUUAUCUCAGAUCCAUCAUGGGUUCUAUGAGGAAUUGAAAGCCUUGUGGGAAACUGAUCCAGUUCUUAAAAAGAUCAUCGCAGAGCUGCAGGUAAACAAGUCUCUUCACCCAGCAUACUCAUUCAUAAACGGCGAGUUACGUCGCAGGGGAAAACUUGUAGUAGGCAAUGAUCAAUCAGUCAAGCUCCACAUUUUUAAUUGGCUCCACGACUCAGCAAUAGGAGGACACUCAGGCCGCGACUCAACUUUGCAACGCAUCAAAACAUUGUUCUUUUGGCCUAAGAUGAGUUCAGAAACUCAACAUUAUGUUCGUAACUGCCAUACCUGCCAGAAGAAUAAGUAUGAUUUAGCUGCCAAGCCUGGUCUUCUUCAGCCUCUUCCGGUCCCUGCAGGUGUUUGGGAAUCAGUCAGCCUCGAUUUCAUAGAAAAGGCUCAGUAA